UUUGACCGUCGGCGUAGUAAUUCUGCUCCGUGCGUGUGAGAAAAGGAAGAAAGGGUUUGUGGAGAGAAGUCUCGCCUGGGCUGGAAGGAGCCACUUUCCCCCGUUAUUGUCUCUACAAUCUGCAUGCUCACACGUUUUUAUCCUGGCGAGAGGCUGAACGCUUGAAAUGGAGGCGGACAGAUCCGGCGGAGGACCAAACCCAAACUCCGGCGGCGGCAGCAGCGGAGCGGGGCGCAACCCAAACGGGCCCAAGGCAGCACCGAGCCAGGCGACGUCGGCCGCCGGGAUGAUGGCAGCCGCGUCCGCGGGACUGAUGCCCGGCUCGUCGCACUCUCGAGACCUACAGGACGGCGACUCGGGGAUGACUCUUCCGGGGAUCCUGCACUUCAUCCAGUACGAGUGGGGACGAUUCCAGGCCGAGAAAUAUCGCUGGGAGGCGGAGAGAGACGAACUUCGGGCUCAGGUGGCAUUCCUGCAGGGUGAGAGAAAAGGCCAAGAGAACAUGAAACAGGACCUUGUUAGGCGGAUAAAGAUGUUGGAGUAUGCCCUCAAACAAGAAAGGGCGAAGCACCAGAAGCUGAAGACUGGAAGCGAUCCGUCUUCCGGAGACAAGAAAACAGAGACGGAGAUGGAGCAAAUUCCGAACGGGCCUGCUGAGUCAGACUCUGAACCGGCCAAUCAGAUGUCCUGGAAAGAGGGACGUCAGCUACUGCGCAAGUAUCUGGAAGAAGUUGGUUACUCAGACACUAUCCUCGACAUGCGGUCCAAACGCGUGCGCUCUUUGCUCGGGCGAAGCAGCCCCGAAGCCAACGGGCCUCCGCCUCCUGAUGCCUCGCCUGAACCCGACACACGUGCCGGCGGAGAGUCGCUGCUGGUGCGACAAAUAGAAGAACAAAUUAAGAGAAAUGCAGGCAAAGAGAGCUCUAAAGAACGGCUCGGUGGUUCCGUCCUGGACAAGAUCCCCUUUCUCCACGGCUGUGAGGACGACGACGAGGACGACAGCGAUGAAGAAGACGACUUCCAAGGAAUGACGACCGACCUCAUCGACGGACCUCGCAAAAACAAGAAGACGCGCAUAAAGAUGGGUUCCGAACCCAUGACCACAGACCUGGACCCAGAGGACGAGGAGGAUGAAGAUGACUCAGAAGACGCCCUCAGUGAAUUUGAUUUCUUGGGCUCAGGGGAGGAUGGGGAGGGAGCCGGAGAAGCCCGGAUCUCGGGGGAUGGACGGGAGUUAGAGAACCGCAGGAACAAGUUACAAGGCAUGAUGUCGGAUUUCCCCCCUAAACCCACCCCGCCCCCCUCCGUCUCAGGACCAGCUCGACCUGGAGAAGGUGGCGCCCUUGGGUUUUCCUCUGAUGUCUUCAUCAUGGACGCCGUGGGAGGAGGAGACAUGAAUCUGGGCGAACUGGCAGAUCUCACUGUUGCCAACGAUAAUGAUCUGUCCAUGGAUAUGCAGGAUAACCGGGAGGAGUAUAAGAAGACGUGGAACCCUCGCUUCACGCUACGCAGCCACUUUGAUGCCAUCCGUGCGUUGACCUUUCAUCCCAGCCAGGCGGUGCUGCUCACAGCCUCCGAGGAUGGAACGCUAAAGCUGUGGAACCUCAACAAAGCCAUGCACUCCAAGAAAAAUGCCGCUUUAGAUGUGGAGCCUAUUUACACCUUCAGAGCUCACAGUGGUGCUGUUUUGUCGCUCACCAUGGGCGAGGACGGAGACUCCUGCUACAGCGGAGGUCUGGAUGGAACCGUCAGGUGUUGGAAGAUGCCGGACCUCAACGUGGAUCCGUACGACAACUAUGAUCCCGACAUAGAGAGCAGUGUCCUAGCCGGCCAUGAAGACAGCGUUUGGGGCUUGACCUACUCUCCAGUCCACCAUCGUCUGGCCUCCUGCUCAGCCGACGGCACGGUUCGGAUCUGGGACCCGCAGAACUCGUCCCCGUGUUUAUCGGUUUUCAACAAGGAGCGAGAACACGGAACUCCCACGUCGGUAGCGUUUGUGGCGUCAGACCCAAACCAGGUGGUGGUGUCGUUUGACGUUGGUGACACGCUGCUGUACGACCUCAACACCGAGCAAAGCAUCAUCGCACUAGAGACCCAGACAAAAGACGGCAGUGAACUGAUAAACCGCGUGGUCAGUCACCCGUCUGAGGCCAUCUCUGUGACGGCGCAUGAGAACCGCACCAUUCGUUUCCUAGACAACAAGACAGGAAAAGUGGUCCAUUCCAUGGUGGCUCAUCUGGACGCAGUUACUUGUCUGACCACAGACCCUAAAGGCACUUACCUCAUCUCUGGCAGUCACGACUGCUCAGUGCGCCUGUGGAUGCUGGACAACAGGACCUGCGUGCAGGAGAUCACGGCCCACAGGAAAAAGCACGACGAGGCCAUCCAUGACGUGGCGUUCCAUUCGUCCCAGCCCUUCAUCGCCAGCGCUGGCGCCGACGCACUCGCCAAGAUCUUUGUCUGAACGCUGUUCUGAGACCUGAAACUGAGGAUUACAACGGACAGAACUCUCGCUCGCUCUAACCUCCUCCUCCUCCUCCUCCUGAUCAUGUACACACUAUGACAGACCCUGGUGACCCGCACCCACUGGCUGGGUCAUUGCCACGGGACACGCACAUUCCUGC